AUGGGAAAUUGUUAGGCAACAUGUUGCAACAAAGAAGGAGAGAUUGUUGUGAAAGAAAAUUAUAAAAGUGAUUUUGAAAUGGAUGAUAAUAGUGAUGUUGUUAAUUCUAUUGUUUCCAUAAAGACAACAAAUCAAUAGAGAGAAAGGGAUAAAUUUAAAAUAGACCUUGAAUAAAGUAAAAGGGAAGGAACCCAAUUUUAUUGCAAUACUCGAACAAAGUUUCCAGCUGUUUAAAUUGAUAAAGAUACUCUAUAUGAAGGAGAAUGGUUGUUAGGCAAACGUGAUGGAAUUGGAAGGGUAGUUUGGUCUGAUGGCUCUUGUUAUGAAGGGGAAUGGAAAGAUGAUAAGAGUUCUGGAAUAGGUAAAUUAAUUCAUGCUGAUGGAGAUAUUUAUGAAGGAGAAUUUAAUAAUGAUAAGGCAAAUGGAAAAGGUGUAUAUACACAUGUAAAUGGAGCUAGAUAUGAAGGAGAUGUAUUUUGUAUUUUGAUUUAAAUAGUGGCUAGAUGCUUAAUAACAUGGUUAAGGUGUUGAAGUUUGGCCUGAUGGAUCUAAGUAUGAAGGAACUUAUGCAAAUGGGAAAAAAAAUGGAUAUGGAAUCUUAUAUUUUGCUGAUGGUUCAAAAUAUGAAGGCAAUUUUGUGGAUAAUGAAAUUGAUGGAUAUGGAACUUAUGAAUGGCCAGAUCAUAGAAUAUAUAUUGGAGAAUGGAAAAACAAUAAAAUGAAUGGUCAUGGGAAGUUGAUGUGGAAUGAUGGCAGAAAAUUUGAAGGGGUAUAAGCAGUCACACUUAUGAGAGGAAUAUGUAAAUGAUCUCAAGCAUGGACCUGGAAUUUUUGAAUGGGCUGAUGGAAGGAAAUAUGAGGGAUAGUGGAUUGAUGGUUCUUAAUAAGGAAUUGGCAUAUAUCAUUUAGGAAAUGGUAUCUAAAGAUAUGGUAUAUGGAAAAAUGGAACUAGGUAGAGAUGGUUGACAGAAGAAGAGAUAGAACAAUUUUUAAAGAAUAAACAAUGA